AUGGCGAGGUCCAGUUCGGCGAAACCGCCUCCAAUGAAAGGCGGAUCCUUUGCACCUCCGAAGUCCAAGAAAGAAGUCAAGAAGCAUCACGAUGACUACACCUCAGAAGGCGUUGAAGAUAACGAUAUCUUCUUACUACCCAUCUCUGACUAUCAGGUUAUGCUAGCUUUGACUAUCGUUGGAGCUAUUGUGCGACUGUUCCGCAUCUACCAACCGUCCAGCGUUGUCUUCGAUGAAGUCCACUUCGGCGGUUUUGCGAGCAAAUACAUCAAGGGCAAAUUCUUCAUGGAUGUCCACCCCCCGUUGGCCAAACUUCUAAUCACUUUAUUCGGAUGGCUCGCUGGUUUCAAUGGUGACUUUGAUUUCAAGGAAAUUGGCAAAGACUAUCUCGAGCCUGGUGUUCCGUAUGUAGCUAUGCGAUUGUACCCGGCUAUCUGUGGUAUUUUCUUGGUCCCGACUGUCUUUUUAACACUGAAGGCUGCUGGCUGUCGUACGGCCACCGCCGCUCUUGGUGCGGCUUUCAUCAUCUUUGAAAAUGGUCUCCUUACCCAGGCCCGCCUAAUUCUACUCGACUCCCCUCUCGUCGCCGCGACUGCGUUUACCGCCCUCGCUUUCACCUCCUUCACCAACCAGCAUGAACAAGGUCCCUCCAAGGCAUUCGACGCUAGCUGGUGGUUCUGGCUUGUCAUGACUGGUUUGGGAAUGGGAGUCACUGUUAGCAUCAAAUGGGUUGGCCUUUUCACAAUCGCCUGGGUUGGAUCUUUGACCCUCGUACAGCUGUGGGUGUUACUUGGCGACACGAAGACUGUCACUAUGCGCAUUUUCGCAAAACAUUUCUUGGCCCGCGCUUUCUGCUUGAUCAUCAUCCCCGCUACCUUCUACAUGGCCAUGUUUGCCAUCCAUUUCCUCUGCCUGGUAAACCCUGGUGACGGAGAUGGAUUUAUGAGCUCCGAGUUCCAGGCUACGUUGAACAACAAGGGUAUGCAAGAUGUGCCGGUCGAUGUUGCUUUUGGUAGCCGGGUCGCUAUACGACACGUCAAUACUCAAGGAGGCUACCUCCAUUCUCAUCCCCUUAUGUACCCCACUGGCAGUCAGCAGCAGCAAAUCACUCUCUAUCCUCACAAGGAUGAGAACAACAUAUUCUUGUUUGAGAACCAGACUCAGCCAUUGGACGCUAACGGCGAACCUAUCAACGGAACGUUCGCUUGGGAUGAUGUGAAGAACAUUACCGAGAACUACAUCAAGGAUGGCGACGUGAUCCGAUUGUACCAUCUAGCCACUCAUCGUCGCCUCCACUCUCACGAUGUUCGACCACCCGUUUCCGAGGCCGACUGGCAGAACGAAGUGUCCGCCUAUGGAUAUGAAGGGUUCCCUGGCGACGCCAAUGAUCUAUUCCGUGUUGAGAUUGCUAAAAAGCAGUCUCUUACGCCAGUCUCCAAGGAACGACUUCGUACUAUCCAGACCAAGUUCAGGCUCGUUCAUAUUAUGACCGGUUGCGUGCUCUUCUCUCACAAGGUCAAGUUGCCAGAGUGGGCCUCUGAACAGCAGGAAGUCACUUGCGCCAAGGGUGGUACUCUUCCCAACAGCUUGUGGUACAUAGAAUCCAACGCGCAUCCCCAGCUUGCCGAUAAUGCCGAAAAGGUCAACUAUAUUAACCCUGGCUUCUUUGGCAAAUUCUGGGAACUGCAGAAGGUCAUGUGGAGAACUAACGCAGGCCUGGUCGAGUCUCACGCCUGGGACUCUCGUCCUGAAUCAUGGCCUAUCCUUCGUCGCGGUAUCAACUUCUGGGGCAAAGAGCACCGCCAAAUCUACCUGAUGGGCAAUCCUAUUAUCUGGUACACUUCGACCCUUGCUGUCGUCAUCUACGUGAUCUUCAAGGGCAUUGCGGUUCUCCGAUGGCAGCGUAGCUGUAAUGACUACUCGAACGCCACAUUCAAACGAUUUGAUUAUGAGAUCGGAACCUUAGUCCUCGGAUGGGCUUUCCACUACUUCCCCUUCUUCCUGAUGCAGCGUCAGCUCUUCUUGCACCACUAUUUCCCUGCAUUGAUCUUCGCCAUCAUGGCCUUUUGCCAAACCUACGACUUCGCGACAGCUCGGAUCCCGAUCCCAGGUGUUAGAGAAAACCCCGUCGUCAACAAAGCCGGUGUGGUUGCGCUCUUGGGUAUUUCUGCCGUUGUCUUUGCCCUCUACUCGCCUCUUGCGUAUGGAAACGCUUGGACCAAGGGUGAAUGUAACCGUGUGAAGUUAUUCGGCACCUGGGAUUGGGAUUGCAAUACUUUCUUAGAGAACUACGACGCAUACUCUGGAAUCGCUAUUCCGAGCAAGAUCUCUCAAACCCCCCAGGCCGUUGUAGAGAACAAGAAGCCACCGGUCCAACAACCCGUAGCUGCAAAUCAAGACUCUCCAGAAGCGGGCAUCUCAGGAGCGCCCAAGUUUGAGCCUCAGGGUCAAAAGUUCAUUGGACGGGAGGAACGGGUCGAAUACCGGGAUCAGAACGGCAACCUUCUCAACGAGGAACAAGUGAAGGCACUCGAAGGCAAAGUCGAAUUCAAGACCAAGUACGAGACUAGAACGCGCGUAGUAGACGCCAAUGGCAAUGAAGUAGAAGUGCCGGUAGAGGAGUUGGCCGCCGCGGGCGUAGCACCACCUCAUCCUGAUGUUGAGGGUGCUAACCAGGAGACCAAGAAGUCAGUUCAGGAUGACCCUAUCCCCAAGGAAGCGUCGUCAAGUAAAGACGGCGAAAAGGAGGCAGAGCAGGCAGUUCCUAAACCGGCUAGCGAGGGCAAUGAGGCGACGGUUUAA